AAGGAAUCCUUUCCAAACACCCCUAAAACCUGAAACAAGACCAGAAUUCAAACUAGGAGGGAAAAACGGUGAGCAAUGUGGUCUGAGCAGUAGCUAUGGCGAACUUCUCGAGCCUUCUGCUCCAACUCCGUGAACGCAUAGCCAGGCCGCGGAACCAGGAAAACGACGAAGAUUUAGUGGUUCUCUUCCGCGGCGUUCUCCCCAAUCUCCUCCACACCUAUGUUGUCCCGUCGUCUUCCUCCGCAGUUGUUUAUUUGGACUUCUCGUCUAGACAAACAGAGAGAGGUCGUUGCCAUACUAAAACUCUCCGCACAUGUCGCCACCAACUACCCGGGAGUGUUUUAUCACGGCAACCCCGCCGCAGUGUUGCCCGUGAUUGGUCGCAUACUACCUUUCUUUGCCGAACCUGCAUUUCAGGAUCAACAUGGGGUGAUAUUUGAAACACUUGUAUCCUUGUUGUCGGUGCUUCGUGGUGGGGACCGAGAUGCAUAUCGCCAAUUUUUUAUGGAUGCAAUGUCAAUGGUUGAAGAUCUUGCAGAUGUGACUUUAGUUAUAGACUGGAAAUGCAAUAAAGGAUCAAGGACAGUGUCCUUGAAGUGUUUCCAGGAAUCAUUUUCUCGAUUUUGGGACGAUCCAUCAAUUUUCUGCGAUCUUCCUCAGUGCUGUAAAGCAGAUGAUAGUACCAGCAUGCUGAUUAAUCUUUCUGGGAAAGAAAGAUGUCAACCUUUUGCUUCUUUUGCUAUCAAGUUCCUUUCUCAAUGCUUAACUGAAGGAACUCUUUAUGUUGAAGGACUCUUGAAUACUUCUUUCGUCUGGGUAGUCUGCAAGCUUUUGUGCUCUGGAGAUACUGACCUGCACAUGGUAUGUUUUGACUUUUUACGCCUUGUUGGGACCUUGAGUUAUGAGAUGAUUCCUGCUGAAAGAUUAAUACAACUGAUUGCAUAUAUAUUACGGGAAGGCAAAGGACUUCCAGUCUUCAGAAACACCAUGUACGAUUCAUCCAUGGGGGGAUGCCUUCACUUGUUACACUCCCAUUGUCCAGUUGAUGUUGUCAGGUCAACUGCUGUGGAUUUGAUGAAUGUCUUUCCCCAUUCAUUGCUUGAAACAAGAAGUCAAGAACUCAAGAGUGCUCUCUGCAGUGUAUACUCUCGCAUUGUUGAAUAUUGUCCACCUCAUAUCUGGAGACCCGAAUAUCUUAUUGAUUUGCUUUACUCUUCAAGGCCCAUAAUCCCAUUAAUAGAGUGUUUUGAUGCUGCUUUAUCUAGACUGCAAUCUGAUUCUUGUGGAGGAAAAAUGACUAUUGAUGGUGCUACGUAUUUAUCAUGCUCAAACUCCAGUCGAUCUGAGAAACCAAAAGUUGGAGAUAAAAGACCUCAAAACAGCAGUGAGACACCCCUAGCAAAACUUCAAAAGGUUGAUGGUGAAUUUGUGGGUUCUGGCAUGAAAUGUGAUGAGUUAAAUAAGCUUGUAUGUGAAUCUACAUCGGCACGAGAGAAAGACUAUGCUGACCAAAUGCAUAGCUCGUUGAAGGUAUUCGUGCAACUUCUGGGACCUCCUAUAGAAGAUGUAAACUCAUUGGCACCGGAAGUUGCACUGACAGCUCUCAGUACACUCUGCAUUGUUUUCUGUAAAUACCCAUAUAACAAUCUCUUGCUUCUCUUUCUUCAAGUAUUACAGCACAUGUAUGGAUGGGUUUCUUGGAUACAUAAACAGGUGAGCCAAGGACUUCCAAUACCCUUUGAUUUUUCAAUAGUACUAGAAGCUGUUAACAACCUUUUGGUUCUAAAAGGCUCCUCUGUGGAUGAUACAUUUCUGAAGAGUUUGAGUGGUCUUCUAGAUAUCAUGCAACCAUUAUUAAGGCUUCCAUGGUCCAGUUCUGUAUCAAUUAUUUCCCUCCCACCAUGGAAGGCAAAGUGCCACUCACUGCAAGUACUGUCAAAGAUUGGACCACUGUUGCAAAAUGGAAAUGGUCUUGAAAUUUUGGAUUUGGGUCUUUCUGAUGAAAUGGAGGAGGUUAGAAGAGAGGCUGUCUUUUCUAUGCCAAUGAUAGUCAUGUGGUGCGGUUUUGGUUUACUAAUGCCUAUAUUCAAGAGAUUGGAAGCAGGAUUAUUGGGAAAGAGAUGGAUGGACAAACUAAGAGAGUCAUCCCCCAUACACUUGGUUGUUUGGCAUGCCUUUAUGGAUCUUAUGGUGCUAGUGCUGCUCUAUGUGAAAGUAAAUGCAAAUUAUAUAUGCAGAAGAACAGAAUACAAGAUUUGAAAGUGGAUGGUCGUUUGAGAUUUUGGUGCUCAAAAUGUGACACAAAUGCAUUCAUUAAUGGACGGAAUUCAGAACUUCUACACUUGGUCAACACUCAUGAUAUAGAAGAUAAUGCCACAGAUUGUGAUUAUAAUAAUUUGCAAUCCUUCUUCUUCCGAUUGCUCUAUGAUGAGUCAUUGGAAGACACUCAAGUUGCUUGUGUUGAUUCGAUUCAGCGAAUUCUUCUCCACGUGACCAAAAGUAUUCUGAUCACAACAAGGUGUGACUGGUUAAAGUGUAUUGAUUACCUACUCCUGCACAGGAGAAAGGCUGUGAGAGAAGCAUUCUGUUCACAGAUCAGCUUUUUCCUCAAGGAACCAAUUCUGGACUGUUUGUUCUUGGAUGAGGCAUCCAGCAAAGCCAAAGAACAAAAGUUCUUGGAAAAAUUAAAAGAUGCUCUAUCGGCAACUGAAGAUCCGUUGAGGUUAGAAACUCUUCUAGAAGCCACAGCAAAUAUUAUGAAUGCAGUUGAUAUACAGAGCCAGGUCUUUUUCACCUCCCUAAUUUUGAUAGUUGAGAAGCUUGAUAAUCCUCACUUGGCAGUGAGGAUAAUAGCAGCAAGAUUGAUAAAAGGAUCUUGCUACUUCCAUCUUAAAGGGGGAUUUGAAUUGAUCCUUUCCAGAGUUCCUUGUCUCAGAAAUAGAUUGUAUGAUUAUCUGUCUUCAAGGCUUGUAAGCUCUCCAGAACUUGUUGAAGAGUUUGCAGUGGGUGUGCUUGAUGUUGGGACUCAAGUACUUGUGAAAAGAAUGGUGCCUUUUGUUCUUCCAAAGCUCAUUGUCACACACCGGGACAGUGAUAAAGUAGAUACAACCUUGGAAGCAUUAGCCAAGUGUUCAGAUGAGGAUUUGGUGCCCUUUGUUGUUAAUAGGCUUCCUAAAGUACUUGCUUAUGCUCUACAUCAAGCUGAUGGUCAAGAUUUAAUCUCUGCCCUUCGGUUCUACCAUGAGAAAACAAAUUCUGAUAACCAAGAGCUUUUCACUGCUACACUGCCCUUCCUCUUGGAUGAACUUGUGUGUUUUACUGAUGAAGAUGUCAGAGAAAUAAACAAAAGGUUGAGGAGGGUACCUGAGAUGAUAAAAGAAGUUGCAAGAAUUCUUACUGGAAAUGAAGAUCUUCCUGAAUUUUUGAGGAAUCAUUUUGCUGGUCUCCUUAAUAGCAUUUAUCGGAAAAUGCUUCAUGCAGAUGACAUAUCACUUCAGAGACAAGCUUUUAAACGGAUUAAGAUGCUUAUUGAUCUGAUGGGUUCACAUCUUAGCACUUACGUUCCAAAACUUAUGGUUCUUCUCAUGCAUGCUAUAGAUAAGGAACCACUCCAGGGUGAUGGCCUUUCUGUUAUCCAUUAUUUUGUGAAGCAACUAGCACCAUCUAGCACCAAACAUGUGAUUUCUCAAUUGUUUGCUGUUCUUGUUCCCUUCUUAGAAAGAGAGAAAGAAAAACCAUCACUGCACACGCCUAAAGUCGUGGAGAUUUUGGAAGAACUUGUGAUCCAAAAUAGAGAAAUCCUAAAAGAACAUAUUCACGAGUUCCCUCCAUUACCCAAUAUUCAUGCUCUUUCUAAAGUGACUAGUAUAAUACAAGAAGCGCGCGGCCCAGUGAACUUAAAGGAUCAAUUGCUAGACAUUGUUGAUGGGCUUAAUCAUGAAAAUCUGAAUGUUAGGUAUAUGGUGGCAUCUGAGUUGAGUAAACUGCUGAACCUAAGAAGGGAGGAUGUCAUGGCUGUAAUUACUAAAGAAGGCGAUCCAAUCACGGAUGUAAUGAGCUGCUUUAUUACAUCCUUACUUAAAGGGUGCGCAGAAGAAUCAAGAACUAUGGUUGGGCAGCGGCUGAAGCUGAUUUGUGCUGAUUGUCUCGGGGCACUAGGUGCUUUAGAUCCCGCAAAAAUCAAGGGAUUUUCAAACACGCGCUUUAAAAUUGCAUGUUUGGACGAUGAUCUUAUUUUUGAGUUGAUCCACAAACAUCUAGCCAGAGCUUUCAGAGCUGCCCCAGACACUAUUGUUCAAGACUCAGCUGCUUUGGCUAUACAAGAACUUCUUGAGAUUGCAGGUUGUAAGGCAUGUCUUGACAAAAGUGUUUCAGCUUCCACAUCACAGAGAAUGUGCAAGCAACCUCUGAAGUCACUCGUAUCUAAUCCAAAAAGCCUUGGAAGUUGCAAAGAUUUAUAUGAAAGGGGUCAGAGAUUGUGGAAUCGGUUCUCUGAUUAUGUCAAAGAGAUCAUAGCUCCUUGUUUGACUUCAAAAUAUGAGCUUCUUAACGUGUCAGAUUCAGCAUCUUCUGGUGCCAUUUAUCGCCCAUCUAUGUCAUUCAGAAGAUGGAUAUAUUUCUGGAUAAAAAAAUUGACUGUACAUACAAUAGGUUCUCGGGCCAGCAUUUUCAAUGCAUGUCGUGGUAUAGUCCGUCAUGACAUGCAAAUUGCAAUGUAUCUUUUGCCGUAUUUAGUCUUGGAUGCUGUGUGCCAUGGAACUGAGGAGGCCCGCCAUGGUAUAACUGAAGAAAUUCUAGCUGUUCUUUGUGCAGCCGCAUCAGAGAAUAACAAUGCUGCUGUCCAUGGGGUCAGUUCAGGUCAUAAUGAAGUCUGCAUUCAGGCUGUUUUUACUCUCCUUGAUAAUCUUGGGCAAUGGGUUUAUGAUGUGGAAGAAGAUCUCGCUCUCUCACAGUCUGUCCAGACAUCCACUUCCAGGCAACAGGCAGAUAAACUGAAGGAGCAGAACAAUACGGAGCAGAUGCUCAUGCAGUGUAAGCAUGUUUCUGAGCUUUUGGCUGCAAUCCCUAAAGUGACCCUUGCUAGAGCAUCUUUUAGGUGUCAUGCUUACGCGAGGUCUCUGUUAUACUUCGAAUCUUAUGUCCGUGAGACAUCAGGAUCUUUCAACCCAUCCUCUGAAAAGAGUGGCGUCUUUGAGGAUGAAGAUAUUUCGUUCCUGAUGGAAAUUUAUAGUGGCUUGGAUGAACCAGAUGGUUUGUCCGGUUUUACUUCCUUACGUAAGUCAAAGCUCUUGCAAGAUCAUUUUUUGAUAAACAAGAAAGCAGGAAACUGGGCAGAAGUUCUAACUUCAUGUGAGCAGGCUCUGCAAAUGGAACCUACCCCUGUUCAGAGGCAUUCAGAUGUUCUUAACUGCCUGCUAAACAUGUACCAUUUGCAGGGCAUGGUUACAUACGUAACCGGACUAAUGACGAGUGUUCCUGAGUACAAGAAAAUGUGGUGCAUGCGAGGUGUUCAGGCUGCAUGGAGGCUUGGAAGAUGGGACUUGAUGGAUGAGUAUCUCAGUGGGGCUGAUAAGGAUGGCCUUAUUUGCAGUAGCUCUGAGAGUAAUGCUUCUUUUGACAUGGAUGUUGCGAAGAUUCUUCAAGCAAUGAUGAAGAAUGAUCAAUUCUCUGUUGAUGAGAAAAUCGCAUUGGCCAAGCAAGCUUUAAUUGGUCCUUUGGCCGCUGCAGGCAUGGACUCUUAUGCACGUGCAUACCCAUUCGUUGUGAAGCUUCACAUGCUGCGGGAGUUGGAGGAAUUUAACAUUCUUCUCGGAGGUGAAUCAUUCCUAGAAAAAUCAUUUCAUCUUGUUGAUCCGCACUUCCAAAAACUAAUGGAGAACUGGGAAAACCGACUCAAACUCACUCAACCAUCGAUCUGGACAAGGGAGCCAUUAUUGGCUUUCCACAGGCUUGUUUUUUGUGCCAGCAGGUCCAAUGUUUCCGUUGGAAAUUGCUGGAUACAGUAUGCUAAGCUUUGCCGAUCUGCUGGUCAUUAUGAGACCGCAAACAGGGCAAUCUUAGAGGCCAGUGUUUUAGGUGCACCUAAUGUCAAUGUUGAAAAGGCAAAGCUUCUCUGGAGCACUAGACGAACCGAUGGUGCCAUUGCAGAACUCCAACAAACGCUUCUUAGUAUGCCUGUUGAAGUUGUUGGUUCUGCAGCAAUGUCAUCAAUCACUAGCCUUUCAUUAGUUCCAUUGAACUCUCCACCUCUACUCUCUAGUACACAGGCAUUAAAUGAGAAGAGGAAUGUUGCCAAAACUCUCCUGCUAUACACGAGGUGGAUACAUUAUACUGGUCAGAAGAAGAAGGAAGAUGUUAUAAAUCUAUACUCUAGGGUGAAGGAACUCCAACCAUCGUGGGAAAAUGGUUACUUUUAUAUGGCAAAAUAUCGUGAUGAACUGCUUGUUGAUGCAAGGAAGAGACAGGAGGAUAAAGCGGAGCUCCUUUCCAGGGUAGGGCCAUCAAAUUUAAACCCAGUUUCUUCUCCGAGCUUGAAUGCCGAGAAAUCUUGGUGGUCUGAUCUCCCUGAGGUAUUGUUAUAUUAUGCUAAGGGCCUUCAUAGGGGCCAGAAAAAUCUUUUCCAAGCGCUUCCAAGAUUAUUGACUCUCUGGUUUGACUUUGGGUGCAUUUACCAUCAAAGUAGUGCUGACUCUUCCAGAGACAUGAAAACCAUCCAUGGAAAGGUUAUGACUGUCAUGCGAGGUUGUUUAAAGGAUUUGCCCCCCCAUCAAUGGUUGACCGUUUUGCCUCAACUUGUUUCUAGAAUUUGCCAUCAGAAUGAAGACACUGUUCGUUUGGUGAAGCACAUAAUUACUUCUGUUCUACAUCAGUAUCCCCAACAAGCUCUUUGGAUCAUGGCAACUGUCACUAAAUCAACAGUUCCUUCAAGGAGGGAUGCUGCUGCAGAGAUUAUUCAAGCUGCUAAAAGAAAAUCGACUGACAAGGGCAUGAACUCUUUGUUCACACAAUUCGCUACCCUGAUUGAUCAUCUAAUCAGGCUGUGUUUUCAUGCUGGUCAACCAAAGGCAAAAACAAUCAACCUCUCAACUGAAUUUAGCGCUUUGAAGAGGAUGAUGCCAUUGGAGAUCAUUAUGCCAACCCAACAAUCACUCACUGCAAACCUACCCUCAUAUCAUAUGCCAUCUGAUAGUGUUGCAUUCUCUCUGUCAGAUCUUCCGACUAUAUCUGGAAUUAGCGACGAGGCUGAAAUACUGUCUUCACUUCAGCGUCCAAAGAAAAUCAUUCUUUUAGGAAGUGAUGGAAGUGAGCGGCCAUUCCUUUGCAAACCAAAGGAUGACUUGAGGAAAGAUGCACGCAUGAUGGAAUUCAAUGCAAUGGUUAACCGGUUGCUGUCUAAAAGUCCUGAGAGUCGGAGAAGGAAGCUUUACAUUCGCACAUUUGCAGUGAUCCCAUUAACAGAAGACUGUGGUAUGGUUGAAUGGGUCCCACAUACACGUGGUCUUCGACAGAUUCUCCAAGACAUAUAUUUAAGCUGUGGAAAGUUUGAUAGACAGAAAACAAAUCCUCAGAUUAAGCGCAUCUAUGACCAAUGCCAAGGAAAAAUACCUGAAGAUGAACUUUUGAAGAACAAAAUUCUUCCAAUGUUCCCCCCAGCUUUCCACAAAUGGUUCCUAAACACAUUUUUUGAACCGGCUGCUUGGUUUAGGGCUCGGGUAGCAUUUGCACACACUACUGCUGUUUGGUCAAUGGUUGGGCACAUAGUGGGGCUCGGAGAUCGUCAUGGUGAAAACAUUCUGUACGAUUCUACAACAGGUGACUGUGUUCAUGUGGAUUUCAGUUGCUUAUUUGAUAAGGGCUUACUUUUGGAGAAACCUGAGCUCGUUCCUUUCAGGCUCACACAGAACAUGGUUGAUGGGCUGGGAAUAACAGGAUAUGAGGGGAUAUUCUUGAAAGUAUGUGAGAUAACACUUUCAGUAUUAAGAACACAUAGGGAGACACUGAUGAGCGUCCUAGAGACUUUUGUCCAUGAUCCUCUUGUGGAAUGGACUAAAUCUCAUAAAUCCAGUGGAAUUGAGGUUCAAAAUCCUCAUGCACAGAGGGCAAUAAGUAACAUUGAAGCACGUUUGCAAGGCGUAGUUGUUGGUGUUGGAGCUGCACCUUCUUUGCCCCUAGCAGUAGAAGGACAAGCUCGCCGCUUGAUAGCUGAAGCAGUGUGUCACAAAAAUCUUGGAAAAAUGUACAUUUGGUGGAUGCCCUGGUUUUAAGGCUUACCUUGUCAGCUGCAGCAGGCACGACUGAAUUGCUCUAUCAACUUGCAAACAUUUAAAGCCCGUCAGGUGCUCAAAAUCUAACAUUUGGCCGUUGAAUUCAAGGAUUGGAGGUGUAUGUUGUUGAGAAGUUGGAUUCAUUGCUCUCUCAUAAUUUUCGUCUAUUUCUCAUAGCACAAUUAAUGUCAACUAUGCCCUUUUGGACGUGCAUGAUAUUUGAAACAAAAUUUGGAUUCAUCGCUGGCCUUUUAUUAUAUAAUGACAUCCGGUCUUUGAGAACCCUCCCUUUGGCAACAAAGCAUUCGUUAUUCUUGCUGUCGUUCCUAAGUGGACAACCCAUAUGCUGCAGCAGCAUCUUCACCAAACCCUUCACGGGGGAUUUCCCAUCUAAUCGCGCUGUGGUUUCCCACCCCACACACCACCCUAAUCUCGCUAGGCAGCUUAUCAUUAUCUCCACUUUCACAUCUUGAUCUAACCUCUUCAAACCACGGCAACAUGAUCAGAUAUGCUGUCCCCAAAUGCAUACCAUGCAAAUCUAACUCCACUCCCCACUCCUCUUUCCUCUCUGUUGCCAGAUUGAGAACCACAGAGCGCUCUUCCCUGCUAAGGUUAGCCACCAACUCUUCUAGGGAAAGAGGCAAAUCCUCAUUAUUCUUUAUGCUGUCGUACAGCAAUAGGUUUAGUUUAGGGCAGGUGUUGAGCACCAAGUUGUAAGUCCUUAUUGAAGCCGUCACCCCCAAUCCUUCAUCUUUUGUAGCCAAGCUGCCAUCUCCAACAACUCACCAUGGGCCCCAAAAGAUGAAAGCACCAUGUUCGAAGUGACCGUCUCCAUCCGAAAUCCUUCUCUCUCCAUUUGAGUAACCAUCCUCCCCAUCUAUUCAAAUUGACCUAUUAUCCCAUACCCAUAAAUUAUACACCUGAACUCAAACCUGGAUAGCAUGAUCCCUGCCCUUCUCAUUUCCUUCAUCAGCUUCUCGGAUUCAGAAGGCAAACAGAUAUGAUAGAUGGCCUCGAUCAUGGACUUAUAUACGGAUUGCUUUAAGUAAAGCGAGGUUGGGCCUGAGAGGAGGAGACGCUACAACUUUGCGCAACAAUGGAGGACUGGUUCCCGUGACUUGUGCUUGGAUUGGGAGUUGAUUAGGUGACAGUAGAAGAUACACAGUAUGCGGUUCCCUCCAUUGCUUUAUCUGGAGAGUGUUUCUGCUGUUAGGGUCUCGGCUUCAUCAAAUUGUUUCUGUUUGUGUAGCAGGACAAUGAUGUCUGCUGCUAGCUUGGAAUUCCUACUGAACCUAGGGGCUUGUGAGAUCGCCAGAUAUAACCGCAAGUAAGGUCGUAAUUAAAUGUAUCUAUUUUGAAUAACUUAAAUACGAAUAUGUAUGCCUAAUUUGAUUUGCUUCCGAAUACAAACAUGUGUAAAUUGGACUCUAUCGGAUUUGGAUAUUCAAGUGCCAAUUAUUACAUAUAAAUAAUGUGUGUGUGUAUGUGUGUGUAUAUAUAUAGAGGGCAGUUCAUAUC